GAAUUUAGAGCCUUUGCCUUGUAACACUGCAAUGCGCGAAGUGGAAGAGGAUCGAGGUCGAGGAGAUGACUCUUUUUGCCAUCUUUGAGGAUAGAUUUUAAGGAAAUUUCGAGGAUUGGCACAGGAACAUUCUAUUUUUAAGAAUUUAGAGGAUAGAGAAAAUCCUAGCAACCAUCAUGCCAAAGCUUGAAGGCUAUGAAUUCUGGGAGAAAACCCUGGGUAAACCUCGCUUCAUCGUGGCUCCUAUGGUAGACCAGAGUGAGUUACCAUGGCGAUUAUUGAGCAGAAGACACAAGGCACAGUUAUGCUACACACCAAUGUUACAUGCCUCUGUCUUCAUCAGAAAUCAUCGCUACAGGAAGGAUUCACUGGCAUCCUGUGAGGAAGAUAGUCCCCUUAUUGUUCAGUUCUGUGCCAAUGACCCAGAGGUGUUUGUAGAAGCUGCCAUGUUAGCCCAGGAUCAUUGUGUGGCAGUUGAUCUCAAUUUAGGGUGUCCCCAGUCCAUUGCAAAAAGAGGUCAUUAUGGUGCAUUUCUACAGGAUGAAUGGGAACUGAUCAGUAAUAUGGUGAGCCUGGCCCACAAGAAGCUAUCUGUACCAGUCACCUGUAAGAUCCGUAUCUUCCCCAGUGUGGAGAAGACAGUACGCUUUGCCCAGAUGCUAGAGAAGGCUGGAUGUCAGGUGCUCACUGUCCAUGGUAGGACCAGGGAGAUGAAGGGACCUAUGACAGGACUUGCUGAAUGGUCGGUUAUCAAGGCGGUCAAAGAUGCUGUCAAGAUCCCUGUGGUUGCCAACGGCAACAUCCAAUCCUUGAAGGAUGUGGAGCAGUGCAUCGAGGAGACGGGGGUGGAUGGUGUGAUGAGUGCUGAGGGGAACCUCCACAAUCCUGCCCUCUUUGAAGGUACCAAUCCAUUCUUCUGGGAUAUAUCCUAUGAAUACUUUGCCUUGGUCAAGGCCUAUCCCUGUGCACUUUCUGCAGUCAGAGCACAUCUCUUCAAACUCUGGCAUCACAGCCUACUAAUUCAUAAUGAUCUGAGGAUGGAACUAGCCAGAGCAAAGUCUGCAGAAGAAUGUGAGGACAUCUGCAGAAGGCUACAUGUUCGUUGUGAGGAAGAAGCUGCCAAGCACGAUCCCACACCAGCACUAGGAGACGACAGGCAGGAUCCCACAGCAACACUAGGCAACAGCAAGCAGGAUCUCUCAGCAAGGUUAGGAGAUGACAAACAGGAUCCUGCACCAACACUAGGAGACGGCAAGCUACCUCACUGGCUCUGUCAACCUUACUUCAGGCCGACUCCAGCGGAGACUGAAGCUAAUCGUGCAGAGAAGAAUAGAAAGCGCCCUCUAGCUGUCAUCAUGGAAGAUCAGAACACUGAGGGGUUGUCAAAGAGUCAGCUUAAGAAGAGAGUACGCAAUCCCACGAUUACAUUCCAAAGCAAAGCCAAGAAAUAUGAGAAGUGUGCCAAGUGUGCGAAUCCCCGUGGUAUGAAGUGUGUGUUUAGUGAAUGCAGAGCUUGCUGUAAGCAUACAGCACACAGAGCAGUAGCUGACUGUCCUGGUCACAACUUGCUCUUCAAGUCCAAGCAACUCAAACGUCUUCAGUGGGAGGCAGCACAGAGAGAGAAGGGUUUGUUGACGGAUGAAACACCAACAUCUGAGGCUUCAAACCUUGACACACAGGCCAAUAACGCAAUAAAGGAAGGAACUUCAGAGCAGCUUGAUUCGGGCUAGAUCAAUCAAUGAAUUAGUCUUGUGCACAGACUUCUUGUGAAUCUGGACUAAUUGCCUUAGCAAUGCAGACUUUAUAAAGAUAUUUAUUCUUCAUAUUCAGGGAUAUUUGAGAAAUUAAUUGAUUGACUGCUGCGGACUUGUCAGAAUUUGCAAUCUAAUUGAAAUCAAAACUUAUUCGGAAAUUAUGAUGUGUUUGGGUACAGAAUUUUAAUUUAAAUAUUGAUACAUGUACUUAAACACAUAAUUCAUUUUGGAUCAUGCCUGAAGAAUGUAAUACACCAUACAACAUCCCUGCAGUAUAGUACUUUUUUAUGUAUUUUAUUUAUUUUUAAAUGUCAUUACCAUUGGUUGACACUGGAUUGCAAUCAUAUAUGUGGCAUUAUAAGUACCUAAAAGUCCUAUUUUUAUUUUUCAUUCUGAAUUGUAUAGUAUACAAUUAUGCUGUAAAUGUAAUUUUAGCCAUUUUCGUAAUUGAGUCUUACUAAACAUCACUACAAGCAUGAUCUAGUGCACAUAAUUAGACUUCUUAUUUCUGGUAGAGUGUCCCUUAAUGGCUGACCUUAAAUCUGUCUGGAUUUAUGUUUAAUGGUUUCUGAAUAAUAAUAGUAAAAGUAAUAAUGGUAUUGUUUUAUAGAGCGCACACACUGUCCAAACACGCUCAUGGCGCUACAUGUAGCGUAACAACAAGCUGCAAAUAUAAACAAAUUCUACCAAUAAUAAUAAAUUACAUGAUUGAUGCAAAAGGUACAAACAUUAGCGAAUAUAUAAUUUAUUAUCACUAAUUGGAAUUCAUAGUCAAAUAAAGAAAGUUGGUUGCCAUGUUUAGAUAUGAGAUAUGUGGUCAGUUUAUAGAGCAGAGGUUUUGUAAUUUGGUCUUUAACCCUAACUCUCCCGGGGUAUUUUGAUUCUUGUCAUUCCCGGGGGGGGGGGGGGGCCAUAAUGGCCCCCCCUUAAGAUCUCGGCCGCUGAUCGAGCGAGCGAGCGACGCAAAAAUUUGCACGCUGGUAGUGUGCGAUGUAAUCUACAGGGCUGUAUGGUAAAAUUUUCCAAAAUAAUGAGAUUUUAUUUUAUAUGAAUUAAUUAUUCUAAUUUAUGCAUAAAUCAUACUUUUUGCACUAAUUCACUAAAUAAAGCUCCUAGAAUGCUAAUUUUUGGUAAAAAUAUUCUUUGUAGCAUUCUUAACAAUCGCGAUAAAAAAAAAACUUCGGUUUGGAAAUCAAUUUCUUAUGUAUUUUAUUGUUUUAUGAAUUUCUUAUGUAUUUCUUUGUUUUUUUACUUUUUGUUUUUUAUUGUUUUUUCAAUGGAAAUCGUUCCAGACUUAAUUCUGACCAUAAACAAGGCAAAAUUAAUUAAGUUUAAUCAGUAAAAGUAGAAAUAAUGAUACAUUUAUGAAUUUUGGCUAAAUACACAAUUUGCAUUGGAUUUGUACUUGAAAUCACGUUUAUGAGCAAUUUUGGGUCUGACAUGCACUUACAUAAUGUUGCGUAAUGUCGUAACCGUGUACCCGGGCGUCACAAAUUUGGUCUCUAAAUUUGCGCGAGACUUGAAAGUAAAAAGUCAGUAAGCGGCGAGGUCAAAAAAUUUUGCGCAGCAGAUAUAUCGCGAAAAUUGUCGAGGGGGGGCCAUUAUGGCCCCCCCCCCGGGAGAAUUAGGGUUAAGGGUUCAAAAUGAAGUUGGUUUGCUCAAUCUUUCUAUGUAUUGGUUCAGUGGUUCAGGCAUUAGUAUCAUACUUUUUUUUUUUUUGGGGGGGGGAGUUUACAAAGAGUUAAUUGUUAAUUUUUUUUAAAUGACUGAUUUCAGAAGACAUUUUUGUACUCUGAAAAUGGCUCAAUUUCCUGGUAAUACCAGUAUCGUGGUCAAGUACUAUAAUAUCAUGGAUGUAAGAAAAUUGAGUGGAAGAGAACAAUCAUAAUUUUUCUUGCAUUAAAUGGUAAAGAGGGUAGCAAAACAAAAGACAUAUUUUUUAUUUCAAAAACUUUAUAACUAAAGUACAAUGCCCAUGUGGAAGUGCCCAGUUGGUAAUAGUCAUCUGGCAUUUGUUGUGUCAAGGUUGGUUGACUUGAAACCACACUAGUUUCAAUUACCUAAUUGCUUUAACCUGCUUUAUACAUUUGCUGAAUUUGUGUAAUAUAUACUGAGUCGACUAGAAAUGAUUUAACAUUUUUAUUUUUUUAAUCAUGUACAAUAUUAUAUUAUAGUGCAAAUUACACUUUAAUCUUUUAAAAAUGCAAAUAAUAUGACUUACUGUAAGCUGUAUCAUAAUUUUGGGGCCAAACUGAUUGCAAAUGAUCACCCAAGCAAUUGUGAAAGCCCCUUAAUCUAUAGUACUAUUGACAAUUAAAGUGGUCAUUAAUAUGUCACUUGAACAUUUUGUAGCAAAUUUUGAGCUUCUGUGGUACAAAUGUGAAUGAGAAAACUGAUUUUAUUAUUAUUGAAUUUGAUUGUAAAUAUGCACAAAUUUUCAAUAACACCAUGUACAUAUAAUCAAAGGCUUUAUUUUGAAUAGUCAUUUAAUUAUACACAUAUUUUCAUUUUAUCCUUUAAGUAAAUGGUUACACUGCCUACAUAAGUUUUACUAUCAAAUUGAUCCCUCAUUUAGUUGAAAGUCCUUGUCUUACAGAAAACUGCAUUAGAAGCUUGCUUUUUAAAACCCAAAGCUCAGUAUUAAUCUCAUUCACAAAGUAUCCCUUUAUUUAAAAGUGAUUAUUCAUUGCAUGUAGGAUCACCCAAGUGACCUAACUCAUCAGAGGCAGAUAAAGUGCUUUUAGCUUUGACGAUGCAAUAAGCCUGUUCACAGUUGUAAACUGCGCAUGAGCAGUAAAAGGUUAUUUGAGAUAAACCAUCAAGUAUUUCCUAUUCACUGACAAGCAUUUGUGAUUUGGUAACUAUUCAUGUAUUCAUUUGAAUAUAUUCUUUUCAUCACACCUAAGCUGCUCUGUACCAUGCCUAUCUUUGUUAGAAUUUGAUUGCUUUGCUUGGAAAGCUUACACAACAUCUUCAUUUGAAAGUGAUAGUGCUCACCCUAAUGGAACAUAGGAAAGGUCAUUUUAGAAAAGUUGAUCAUGAGCCAACUGUGAACUGACUUAUAUUUAACACUUACAGUCAGUCCGCAAGCCCCUGUGUUAAUGAGCAAAUGAGCAAGAUUUAUCCAAGUCCUCUCGUGGCUGAAUUCAUGUCCCUGCAAAAUCUCGUGAAUUGUGAGACUUUCUUUCUCAAAGAAUUUAACCACUUUCUCCUUGAGUAAUAUUGAUUAUUUUUGUACCAUGGGCAAGAGUAAAUGUUACUCUUUUAUAUUGGUCAUUUCUUUUGAAUGAAAUAUUUUGAUAAAUAAGUGAUUUUUUUACCUGAAAA